AUGUCCAGGCUCGUCGACUACUUCGUCAUAGUGGGUUUCGACCACGAGAAGGAGAGGGGCGGUCUGAACAGCGGCGUAGUCCUUCAACGAUUUCCUGAGACUAAUUGGGACGACACUCCUUUCCACGACGGCAUAGGAUGGUUUUGCCAACCACAAGGAUGGGCUUUAUCCACGGAGCGGACGGAGCCCCGGUUCUACGUCUCCGUAUUGACGGACGUGGACGCAAACAGACACUAUUGCGCUUGUCUGUGCUUCAACGAGACCGUCGCCAUCACACCUACCAAGCCCGCCGACGAGGACGAAGAGUCGUUAGAAUCGGCGCGACCGGUGUCCAACAUCACACAUCACAGCAUUAUGUAUGCGCCCAAAUGCCUUGUCAUCGUCUCCCGCCAAGAUUACAUCGAUACCUUCAGAAAUUGCCUCGGGAUUAUAUAUACAGUAUGGGUGGAAAAUUUAGGGGUGCCUCUGGAGACGUUGGUCGGUAACCUAGUAGGCGGCGUGCUGGUGCCCGACGCAGGCGGGCCCCAGGUCCGGUUCAGCAUUGGAGCUGGGGAUCGGCAGGCGCUGCAGCCGCCCGCGGCGCCGCCUAUGCCGGUCACACACACCGCCGUCUACAUGCUGCUUAGGUUACUUGGUAUUCACAAUUCUGUAACGCUAUGGUGUGCGGUAAUGAGCGAGCACAAAGUUCUCCUGGUAUCGCUGGCGGCGGCCCGGUUAGCAGCAGUUUGUCGAGCGCUAGCUGCUCUAAUGUUUCCCUUCAGAUAUGCCCAUGUUUAUAUACCGCUGCUACCAGCAGGGCUAGCUGAGGUCCUGGCUACACCGACGCCCUUUUUAAUUGGUGUACAUUCCAGCUUAAAAGAGGAGGUUACAGAACUGUUGGACGUCAUCGUAGCCGACCUGGACGUUGGAUCCUUACACAUCCCAGCUGGUGUUAACAUUCCACAACCUGAAGGGAAACUUCUUUCGUCCCUUCAAGAAGCUUUGGCUCUAGUUUUGCAACCAGAGCUUCGGUCUGCGGAUUCAGCGUUCGCCCCCCCGCCACCCGCAUCCUCUCUACCGCAUAUGUUGGAUAAAGAAAUUAGGGCUGUAUUUAUGAGAACUUUGGCGAAGCUUUUGCAGGGGUAUAGACAUUGUCUCACGAUAAUUCGAAUCCAUCCGUCCCCGGUACUGACAUUCCAUAAAAUGGGUUUCCUGGGCGCGCGUGGUCUGUCUACCUGUCAGUUCGCUGUGCGCCUACUGGAUUCUAUGUUCUUCAACGGGCUGGUCGCCGAGCGCGGCCCGCCGUGGAGAGCCACGGAUAUAUGGGACGAAUUAGUUCAAAAUUUACCUGAACAACAGCGGUUAGAAUCUUUAAACCCGGAAUUAGAGCUGCAACAUUUACAGGAUCUAGCAAUGCAGUUACAUCUUAAUGAAAAUCCUAAUCCACAGGCAUUCCAGCAACGAAUACUACGACCACCAGAAGGUGCUUCAUCCCGCAUUCACCAACCUCCACUACCACCACUAGACGCAGCUCGAGUACGGGAAGUCAUGAGGGAAGUCCAAGCAAGAACUAGUCAAACCAAAUUAUCAGCGUUACGUCCGCCACAAGCCCGCAUCGUGCCGCCAGCAGCGCCGCCUACAGGUGCUACUGAGUACAAUCACUUACUGCUCACAAAUUCCGCUAGACGACUUGAGGUUUUACGGUCAUGCAUCGCGGCAAUAUUCGAGUGUCGGUACGCGGACGCGCGCAAGUCGUUCCCCGGCGUGCUGCGAGCGAUGCGCGCGCCCGCCGCCCGCGCCGCGCUCGUGCGGGACCUCGCUUCGCGCCUGCCCAGCAACAAGCAUCUGCUGCACCACCAUCAGUUCGAGCUAGUCGUGAGGUGA